AUGAGAGCCGCCGAGGCCGAGGCCGCCGAGGCCGAGGCCGCCGAGGCCGAGGGGGCCGCCGCCGGCGCUGCACUUGCCGCCACGACCGCCACCGCCACCGCCACCCCCACGCGCAUAAAGGUGGCCAACUUGAACUCGGACGACCCGCAGGAGCGAAUCGCCGCCCGCCGACUGCGUAUCGCUGCCCGGCUAGAGGCCAAGCGCAGGGAGGCCCUCGGAGAAGAUCCAGAUGCAAAGAAGCUUGUGGAGGAAGAAAAGAGCAGGAGCUACAAACAAAUAGAGGAGAGCAGACAGAGACUGGCCAAACUGUUGAUCGAUGGCACACAACUGGUGACAAACAUCCAGGUGGCAGCUGAUGCUCGGGAGACGCACAGGAGGUCAGAGGAAGAGGAGCUGAGUCGGCAGAGGCUCGAGAAACUGGAAAACGAAGCCAAAGCCAACCAGGACAAGUUUGAUGAGAUCACCUCCAAGUGGGGCAGUGCCAAGGAGAAGAUCAUCCCCCAAGACUUGUGGGACGUGCUCAACCUGCAGCAGCAGCAUUGCGCACUUCUGAUUGAGGAGAAGAACAAACUCAUCAGUGAGUUGCAGCAGGAGUUGAAGAGCAAAGAUGACCAAUAUGUGAAGGACCUCAAGAAGCAGUCAGAUGACAUUAAUCUUAUGCUGGAGAGAAUGGAGGAGCAGAUCAAGAACGUUAUGAGAAACUACCGCCGAGAGCUCUUGCAGAUUGAGAAGGCCUUUGAACUGGAGCGGCGGGAGCUACUGACAAGCAACAAGAAGAAAUGGGAGCAAGCCAUUCAGGCCCUCAACCAGCAAGAGCUGGAGUUCAUGACGGCCCGCCUGAAGAAAGUGGAAGAGUAUGAGUGGGAGCUCAACCAGCUGCGGGUGCAAGAUGCCGAGGACUACAACGUUAUCAAGAUCAAGCUGGAGCACGACGUGCAGAUCCUAGAGCAACAACUCCAGCAGAUGAAAGCCACGUACCAGCUGAACCAAGAGAAGCUGGAGUACAACUUCCAGGUGCUGAAGAAGCGAGACGAGGAGAAUACCAUUAUCAAAUCCCAACAGAAGCGGAAGCUCAAUCGGUUGCACGACGUGCUCAACAACUUGCGCCUGAAACUGGCCAAGCAGAUCAAGCAGUAUCGUGAGGAGAACCAGAAUCUGACCGCUGACUACAAGCGCAUCGUGGAGCAAUAUAAGGAUCUGCAGAGGACCAUGAGACACUUUGCCAUCGUGGACGCCGAGCACUUCUUGGAAGUGUGGCUGAUGAACGAGGAGGAGGCCAAGGGGCUGAUACGCAAAGCCCUCGAUGCUGACCAGGUCAUCAGCAUGCAGCAGCUGGGGCUGCCCUGGAUGGAGCCGGACGGCUGGUUUCUGCAUAACGUGGGACCCCUAGGACGCGGCGAGAAGAAGAAGUCGGCCAACGAGCUGGCCCAGGAGGUGAUGAUGGCGAAAUUGGCAAGCCGAGUAGAACGGAAGCCUUCUGCCCAGUCUGAAAGAGGUCGUGCAGAAGAGAAGGAAGCGACCGCUGUGGAGGGCAUCAGGGAGACCAUCGACUCCGAAGCAGAGGUCCCAUGUCUCUGGUCCAUCUCACCAGCUACCGUCAAGCAUGUCUUGGAGCUCCUGUGUGAUGAGUCGGGCUUCGUGAUUGAAAGCAAGCUGCGUGGGCUCCUCCAGCCUCUAGAGAAGCAUGACCGCACCCUCAUGAAGCUGGACUCCAUUUUCACAGCCCUGUCAAUUGAUAAUGAAGAUGAUGUGUAUUACAUGGUGGACUUCUUCAUGAAUUACAAGGCUCAGUGGUUGACCUCCCCUCAGGAAACAGAGGUGACGGCAGACGCACCUUCCGAAGAAGCACCUCGAGAUGCGUCAGCGGCCGACAAAGAGGAGGCCUCUUCUGUGACGCAAGAAGAGGCCAAGGGUCCUGUGGACUCAGCCGCGCACCCCUCCAUGAUCUACAUGCACCCCAAUGACAUCCUGAAGGCCCUCAAGGCUUUUGUGCAGGAGUUCAAGGAGCCACGGAGGAAACACCCCUGCUUGCAGCAAGCGCACGAAGAGCGGGACAGCUCCAAGGACUCUGAGUAUUGGGACGCGCUGGCCCACGUCAUCCCGGAUGGAAAGCUGAAGCUGUGGGAUGCGCUGAUAGAAGCCCUGCAGAAAUACAACUACAUCCUGACUCAGAGAGACAAGCUGAUCACGGAGACAGAUGGGCUGCAUAAGCAGAACACAGAACUCCGGAUGCUGCUCCACCAGUAUCUGCAUUCCCCAGUCAAUGCUGAGCUGCUGAUCCCUCCCACCCACCUCCUGGACCUGCAGCUGAGUCCCCCGUGAUCUUCUCCUCUGCAGGAGCAACAAGGGCUGCAGGAGAAACAAAGGAAUUGUGCUGGUUUCUUGAGAAGAUCUGCUGCUCUGACUAACCCCUGA